AUGAAGUCGAUUGUUCCUCUCCACCCGGAUAACAGUGAGAGAAGAAGAGUCAAAGAUGUUGAAGUCUCUGUUCCAAUUGUGUGUGGAUCGAUUGCUUUUUUCCGUGGAAAAAUGGCUAAAGAAUAUCGAACACAUAACUGGACCGUGUAUGUACGUGGAGCUACAAACGAGGACCUUGGAGUGGUUAUCAAGAAGGUCAUUUUCAGGUUGCAUCCGAGUUUCAAGAGCCCUAACAGAGUGGUUGAUUCUCCUCCCUUUACAUUGUCAGAGUGUGGAUGGGGAGAGUUCAAAAUUGACAUCACCGUCUUCCUCCAUACCGAUGUCUGUGAAAAGAAGUUGGAGCUGUCUCACAUGUUAAAGCUGAAUCCGGAAGUGUACAGUGGUCCUCAGUCUCCCAAUGUACCUGUUGUAGCUGAGUCUUACAAUGAGAUUGUCUUCCCUGAUCCGUUCGAGAGCUUCCUCGCUCGUGUGCUUAAUCACCCGGCUGUUCACAUCUCUAAGCUCCCUGAGGGAUUCAACCGGCUUCCUCCAGGAGCCGCUGAUACUUAUCAUCUGAUGAGAAAAGGAGACACUAAGGAUCAUUCUCUUAGCCCAUGGUUUUUGAAGUUUUCAGAAAUGGAUGAGCUUUCUGAGCUUAAAGCUGCUCGUCAGAAGGUACAAGCUGACAUCGCCGAGCUUGAAAGACUGUUGAUCAUGGAAGAUGGGGAACCUGAAGAACUUUAG